AUAAAAAGAAAAAAUGGAAACAGUUCCUCCUCACCCUCUCUAGUAGAUCAUCACAGCCAGCAUUCCAGACCUCUCUCUCUCUCUUUCUCUGAGCUUUGUGUCUUGCCUGGAAUCACUUGAGAAAUUCUCUUCUUUUUCCUUCUUCUUUUCUUGGUUUCCUCCAUGGAAUUCAGCUUGAAAUUUUUAGGUACUUUUUGUUUCUUGAUGGUAGAAAUCUCUUGCUUGGUUUCAUGAAAUCCAAGUUGGGAUCAUAAAAAAGUUUGAUAUAUAUAUAUAUUUUUUAUGUGAUAUAGAUUGGAAUUUUGAGUGUUUCCUCUAUGUGAAGAAACCCAGUUCAAAUCUUCACAGAAUUUGGGGUUUUGUAUGCUCAGAAGGCACUAUGGGGAUUGAGCAAAUCUAUGGUUUUUUGGAUCUUUUCAUUUUCCCUUGAAAACCUAAAUCAGUCUUCUUGCUUUUUCUGUAAAACCCCACUUCAAAGCUUCUAAUUUUGAAGGGUUUUUUUGUCCUCGGAAACCCCAAAUGAGAUCUUCAGGAAUUCUUAUGUAUUUUCUCAUUUUCCUUUUUCAAACAGAUCUCAUUGCCUUUCAUCCAAACAUCCGUCUCUCUACACAUCUGACUCCUUUUCCAUGAAGGAAACCCGAUUCAAAUCUUAAUUGUCUAACUUUCUCCAUCCCUUUAUCAAACAGAAAAAAGAAAAAAUAAAAAUAAAAAUCCAAAAGCUCUAAAGCCCCUGCUUUCUCCACACUUUCCAUCCAUCAAAAGAGAAAUUCUCAUAACUCCAAAAGCCUCUCGAAAAGCCUCUCCCUUUUGCAUCCCUUUUUCAUCCAAACCCCAACUCAGUUCUAUAGAAUCAUAGAACAGAAGAAAAAGGAAAGGAAAAAGAAAAAAAGAAGGAAAAAAAAAACAGAAGAAAGAAGCAAGAAACCAAAUUCAAAGCUUAGAAAAAUCCAACUUUUCUCUCACAUACUCUUGUGCAUUCCUUUUUCUUCAACAUCUCAAUUUCAAAUCAGGAAAAAAGAGUCAAUUCUCUCCUCUCAAAAUGCAAGAUCCAACCACAUUUCAAUCCAUCAAGCCUCAUUUUCCCGAGCAAGAGCACCUCAAAUGCCCGCGCUGCGACUCCACGAACACCAAAUUCUGCUACUACAACAACUACAACCUCUCCCAACCCCGCCAUUUCUGCAAGAACUGCCGCCGCUACUGGACUAAAGGCGGCGCUCUCCGUAACAUCCCUGUCGGUGGCGGGACCCGCAAGAACUCCAAGCGUUCGAAUCCAAAGCGCUCUUCCUCCUCCUCUUCCUCUUCUUCGAUCCCACAACCAUUUCCGAAGCAGGAACCAGCAUCCACGGUCUACAGCCCGACACCCGCGAUUGAUCAAGACCACCGAAUGCUCGACAUAAGUGGGAGCUUUAGUUCCCUAUUGGCUUCUAAUGGGCAAUUCACAAAUCUAUUGGAGAGUAUGAAUUCGAGCAAUCCCAGUGUUCAAAGGGUCCAAUUUGGAGAAUUCCCAGACAACCCAAAUUCGAAUUUGAAUCUGAAUGCAAUUGGGAACCCGGCAUUGGAGUUGCAGAACGCAAACAACCCUGAAAAUUUCCUGGGCUUGCAGGGCGAUUCAAGCUGUUGGAGCGGCGGAAAUGGGUGGCCUGAUCUUGCCAUUUACACUCCAGGUUCGACCUUUCAAUGAGAAGAAAGAAAAAAAUGGGAAAAAAAAAAAACUCAUCUUUUCUACCUUUGUUUGGCUGUUUGUUUUGGGGUCAUAUGAAACUGAUUAUGCAAAUCUGAUAUACGUAGGAAAUGUGGUGAUGGAGAGAUUAAUACGAAUAAUUUUCGGCUUUUCUUAGCUUUGAUUUUCUAAUUAUGGCUUGAUCAGACUCUAAGAGUAUUAGGAGUAGUAGUAUUUUCUGUAGUGUUUGUAUUUCUAUGGUGUUUGUAUGUAUCUGUUGAAGAAGAAGAUUAUGUGAAUGUUUCAGCAUAGAUGUAUUUUAUCAUAUUAUAUAUAUGGAUGGAGACAUGAAGAUCAUACUUGUUUU